AUGGCCAAAAUUCUCAUUAAGAAACGUACUUUGGAAAGAUUCCUGACGGAGUGUGACACUGUGGCACCCUGGUUUGCCGUAUCUGGCAGCUUGACACUCUCGUCAUGGAAGAAAUUAGGCAAAGAUUUAGAUGUUGCUGCAGAGCACGGUGUCCUUGCUCCUGGGGUUCGGCCCGUUUGGACGUUAGUUCGCGGGUGUCUUACUGAUCAAAAAUGCAUUAAAGCUAUAAGGAACGGUCAGGCGGCCCUAGAACUUUUACAGGAGGAGAGGUCAGAGUCGGCUGCCUCAGUUGAGGCCGCCUCUCCCAUAGGUCAUACCCCGGAUCUAAAAAUAAAACCAAAACAGAAGAAAGAAGGGAAUAGAUUAUACCCUGGCCUGUCAGACUUGGAGGAUAUUAAUAGUUCUGCCGCCCCUACCUCCACCGAAGAGUCUGAGUCAGAAGAGGAGCGGGAGGCCCCCCAUAAAGCACCUUUACAGUCCGCCCGAAGAUUGCUUGCAAAAUUACAGCUAGGAAGAAAGAAAGUUAGCCGACUUUACCCAAGGACUGACAUAGUCCCUUCGGCUCCCCCUCCCUAUCCAGAGGCUGUAGCUAAUUCAGGAGGAGCUUGCUUCAACUCAGAAGUUUGGAGACAGGUUAGAACAGAGAUGCCUCUGGCCUAUCCGAUCUUCCAGGACCCACAAGGGAACAGGUUUCAUGAAAUGCUGGAUUUUAAAAUUGUAAAAUCCUUGGCCGAGUCAGUCAGAACCUACGGGGUCACAGCAUCCUUUACAGUUGCUCAGUUAGAGACCCUACAUAGAUUUGCCAUGACACCGGCUGAUUGGCAGAAUCUUGCAAAGGCAUGCUUGUCACCUGGUCAAUAUCUAGAUUGGAAGGCCUAUCUCAAUGAAAUUGCAAUUACUCAGAGCGCGGCUAAUGCCGCGAUCGGAGGGCCUCAGGCUGUUUGGGAUGCAGAAAUGCUCCUAGGCAUGGGUCAAUACGCCACUCAACAAAAUGCUUAUCCACCAUUGGUGUAUGACCAGAUCAAUGAGAUUGCCAUUAGGGCGUGGAAGGCUCUCCCCAAUAAAGGGGAAAUGACUGGCAAUUUGACAAAAAUCUUACAAGGGCCAUCUGAACCUUUUUCUGAUUUUGUGGCCAAGUUGGUGGAGGCAGCAGAAAAAAUCUUCGGUGAUACUGAUACUGCCAUGCCGCUAAUAAAGCAACUUGUGUUUGAGCAAUGUACCAAAGAAUGCAGGGUGGCUAUCAUUCCACUUAGGCAUAGGAGACUUGAGGAAUGGAUGAGGGCCUGCAGGGAAAUAGGCGGCCCCCUGACUAAUGAGGGGCUUGCGGCCGCCGUCAUCAAAUUAAGCAGGGGAGGCGGCCACCCCAGAACUUGCUUCCAUUGUGGUAAAGCAGGGCAUAUGAAGCGUAAUUGCCCACAGAGAGACCAGCCAAGGAAUAAGGAUGCUUUAAACUUUAAAGGUGCUCAAUGCACCAUGCCAGGAUUAUGCCCAAAAUGUAAAAAAGGGAGGCACUGGGCGAAUGAGUGCAGGUCUGUUAGGGACAUUAACGGUCAUGUCAUCCCAUAUAUGUCAAUGCCAAAAAACGGGAGACCGGGCCCCAAGCCUCAGAGCCCACAAAUAUAUGGGGCCAUGGAGAACUCAACAACAGAAAAUCCCAAUCUGAGGGAGACAAGCCUAGAACAGUGGCCGACCUUCCGGCACCCCAAAAACCUCGCAGGGCCACUGCAGGUGCCGCGGAACUGGACCUCUGUUCUGCCUCCGGACUCGUACUGA